GGUGGAUGUGCCCUUCAGCCUGCACACACUGUGCUAAAAGGAUCGCUUGUGUACUGCCUCCUGGCAGCAACCCCCAGCAUUGUAGGGAGGGGGCACAGCAGAGGGAAGGCACAGCACUUUAUUAGGGAUACAUUAGAGAUCAUUUGGUCUCCAGAGAAGCUGUGCAUGAAGAAGUAGCAGGGUGGUGCUUGUGAUCUGCCUGUGUCAGCUUGUACAGUAGGGUGUGGAUCUUUGUUUUGGAUCACACAGCCUGUCACUGGGCUGGAUCUGCUCAUCUGGGUGACUGUGUCCAUUGUCUGGCUGCAGGCUGCGAUCUCCUGGGUGUGCCAGCAGCAUGGCGAGGUGGGUCAUAUAUACGGCUGGCACCUUGUCCCUUCUACUACUCAUAGUCAGCAUAGCCCUGCUGAUAUCUCACACCUUCAUGGAUACUGUAGAGCGAAGGGUGAAACAGGCCACAGUACUAAAGAAUGGAACUGAAGUCUAUGAGGACUGGAUAAACCCACCACCUCCAAUUUACAUGCAAUUCUACUUUUUUAACGUCACUAACCCACUGGAGAUACUGUCCGGGGAGAAACCAAUUGUACAGGAAAUCGGCCCGUAUACUUACAGGGAAUAUCGACCUAGAGAAAAUGUUUCAUUUCUUGAUAAUGGCACCGCUGUAUCUGCAACUACUCCAAAAACCUAUGUGUUUGAGCCUGAUAAAUCUGUGUCAGAUCCUCAUGAAGACUUGAUCAGAACAGUGAAUAUUCCGGUUGUGACGAUACUAGAAAUGACCAAAGACAAUAAAGUCUUAAAGCCGGUUGUUGAAGGAGUACUAAAAACCUACAAUGAAGGAAUGUUUGUCACCCGUUCCGUACACGAGUUGUUGUGGGGCUACAGAGAUCCUCUUCUUUCGAAAGUUCAUGUGUUCAAUCAUAGCAUUAGUCCCGAUUUUGGCCUGUUCUAUGAGAUGAACACAACAGAUGAUGGUGAAUAUGUAUUUCUCACUGGAUCAACUGACUAUAUGGAAUUUAGCCAGAUAGCAGAAUGGAAAGGACAAAAAUCACUUGACUGGUGGACAUCAGACACGUGUAAUAUGAUUAAUGGUACGGAUGGAACCUCUUUCCACCCAUUGAUAAGCCAAGACGACAGCAUUUUCAUAUUUUCAUCAGACUUAUGCAGAUCCUUGGAGACAGUUUAUGAACGUACUGAAAAAGUGAAUAAAAUCCCCGUGUUUCGAUUUGCUCCAUCUUCUAAGACAUUUGCCAAUGUGUCUGUCAACCCUGAGAAUGCAGGGUUCUGUGUGCCGGCUGGAAACUGUCUUCCCUCUGGCCUAUUAAACGUCAGCAAAUGCAAAGGAGGUGCCCCAAUCAUUCUGUCAUCUCCUCAUUUUUACCAGGCCGACGAAAGUCUAAUUAACAGCAUAGAUGGUAUGAAUCCCAAGAAAGAGGACCAUGAAACUUUCCUAGAUAUCAAUCCGCUCACUGGAAUUUUAAUUCAAGCAGCUAAGAGAAUUCAAGUCAAUGCCUAUGUUCGACAGAUUGAAGGAUAUCGUGUUACACAAAACAUACAAACAUUGUUCUUCCCUGUGAUGCAUCUUAAUGAGAGUGUCCUCAUCGAUGAUAAAUCUGCCGAAAAACUCAAUAUGAUUCUUUUAAACGCCAGAGUGGUAUCCAACAUCCCCUUCAUGAUCAUGGCAUUAGGAAUUUUAGCUGGCAUAAUAUUCAUUGUGUUGGUAUGCCGCCAAAACAAAUCUAGGGAGGAGGGCACAGAAGAAGAAAGAGGUCCUCUAAUAAGAACAUCCUAAACCAUUUUCUGCAGACUGGAUUAA